UGUCGGGCGACUUCCACCUCUGAUUUUUGUACGUGCGUGUGUGGUGUUCGGCUUUUGAUUUGUGAAUUCUAGCAGCGAAUCGCGGUUAUACACUAAUAAUAAACAGUUGGUGAAUUUGGCUGUUUGGCGUUGCGGAAAGAAUGCAUCCUUAACUUGUUGCCGUCUGCAAUAAUACAUUUUCUAUAUUGUUGAUACUAUUACAUUUUUGACCAUAAUAUGGAAUGUUCAGAAUUCGUGGGCCCAGCAAUUUCUUCGGCUUCUGAUGAUCUGAAUACAGAGCAUGUCCUUCAGGCCGAAGAUCAUAACUGUCCUGGUCGAGUUUCCAUGGAUGUGGAGGACAGUGUUGACCACCACGUGGCCAGCAACUUGUCCGGGUUUCGAUGGAAGCGGGUUCUUAACCCCACAGGACCACAACCGCGACCUAGACAUGGACACCGCGCGAUAAAUAUCAAAGAGCUCAUGGUCGUCUUCGGCGGCGGAAACGAAGGAAUUGUUGAUGAACUGCACGUCUAUAACACUGUUACAAAUCAAUGGUAUGUGCCCGUACUUAAGGGAGAUGUACCGAACGGAUGCGCUGCAUAUGGAUUUGUUGUAGAGGGCACUCGCAUGUUUGUGUUCGGUGGAAUGAUCGAAUACGGAAAAUAUUCAAAUGAGCUCUACGAGCUACAGGCCACUAAAUGGGAGUGGAGGAAAAUGUACCCAGAGUCACCGGACAGUGGGUUGUCGCCGUGUCCUCGCCUAGGUCACAGUUUUACAAUGGUUGGUGACAAAAUAUUUCUGUUUGGAGGACUAGCAAAUGAAUCGGACGACCCGAAAAAUAAUAUUCCAAAAUAUUUAAACGACUUGUAUAUAUUGGACACUAGAGGAGUUCACAGUCAUAAUGGAAAGUGGAUAGUACCCAAAACAUAUGGCGAUAGUCCUCCUCCACGGGAGUCUCACACAGGCAUCUCGUUUGCCAGUAAAAAUACCGGAAAUUUAAAUCUAUUGAUUUAUGGGGGAAUGAGUGGAUGCCGUUUGGGAGAUUUGUGGUUGUUAGAUACAGACUCAAUGACAUGGUCAAAGCCAAGAACUUUGGGACAGGCGCCGUUACCGCGCUCAUUGCACAGUUCCACGAUGAUUGCGAAUAAAAUGUAUGUGUUUGGUGGAUGGGUUCCGUUGGUGAUAAAUGAUUCCAAGUCGACGACUGAGCGUGAAUGGAAAUGUACAAACACUCUUGCCGUUCUUGACUUGGAAACAAUGACUUGGGACAAUGUCACCUUAGACACUGUAGAGGAAAAUGUGCCGCGAGCUCGUGCUGGCCACUGUGCAGUUGGUAUUCAAAGUCGUCUCUACGUUUGGUCAGGGCGAGAUGGUUAUCGCAAAGCAUGGAACAACCAGGUUAGGGUUUGCUGCAAGGACCUGUGGUAUCUGGAGGUCUCAAAGCCAUUGUAUGCUGUUAAGGUUGCCCUAGUUCGCGCUUCUACUCAUGCCCUGGAGCUCUCAUGGACUGCGACUACUUUUGCAGCCGCCUAUGUUUUGCAAAUCCAGAAAAUCGAGCAGCCACCGAAUACAAUCUCGAAGCCGUUAGGCCAGAACAUUGUGCAGCAAGGGACAACAACGCCUGUUGAAGCUUCGGGAACAAAUACGACAGAAAAUUGUUCGGAAAGUGCCUUGGCUCUGGGGGUCGAAGCAACAUCUACAGCACUAAAGUUGGAACAAAAUACGUUACAAGCGGCUUGCAGUCAACCCGAAACAAACGUUCAACCAUCUGUAAACGACUUAUUACCGUCAGUCUCGCCUCCUCCAUCGCCGACAUCACGAGUCCAAAGGAAACCCCCUUCAUCAGCGGGCGUCGCUUCCCUUUCCAUGGCCUCGUCAGCCAUAUCUGUGCAGCCUCAAAUAUCUGUAAUCAGUAGUACUGCCGCGGUAGCCGGCAACAACACCGCAUCUAAUAGUGGUGCCGUUAGUAGCAUAUUGCAGAAGUUUCGACCAGCUGUAACCGCCGUAAGAUCAUCUUCUACGACCACGGUGAGUGUUGCUACCAGUGUGGCGGACUCUCUGGCUAUGCGGGUGCCAAGUGCGAUGUCAGCGAACGUUGUUCUCAGCUCCGUAGCCUCAAGCAGCGCAUUGCGUAUUGUCCCUAGCGUAACUGCUUCGCAUACAUUGCGCCUAGCCUCUGCUCAACAAGGCGGCAGCAGCGGCGGGAGCAGCACUGCAGUCAAUAUAUUGAAAACACUACCAAGCGCCGCUGUACAAUCACAGCCCACAGCACAGACCACCACGUCCAUCGGUGGAAAGCAGUACUUUAUCCAAAAGCCUCUUACACUCGCUCCAAACGUUCAGCUCCAGUUUGUUAAGACCAGCAGUGGUGGCAUGACUGUUCAAACGCUGCCCAAGGUCAACUUUAACGUACCAAAAGGAACUUCCCCUCAUGGUAUUUCAAUCGCAAACCCACAGUUGGCAUCUGGGACUACUCAAAUUCAGGGAUCGACAUUGGCCGGAAAUCAACUCCAGAAACCCGUUGUGUCUGGAAACGUUCUAAAGCUGGUGUCGCCCCAUACAAUGGCCAGUGGUAAACUGAUUAUGAAGAAUUCAAACAUUUUACAGAUGGGCAAGGUAACGCCUAACGUAAUGGGAGGGAAGCCCGCUUUUGUCAUAACAAACAAACAGGGAGCGCAGUUGGGGAACCAACAGAUCAUUAUUGUAACCACUGGUGGCAGCAUGCGAACCGUUCCGGGUAGCACGGUUAUGACUAGUGCUGGUGGCCCCACAUCAGGGACCAAUAUUGUUAGUAUAGUCAGCUCAACGUCGACAACGGCUAGUCCGCUGCAGGCAAUAAGCGGACAAAGAACUGUAAUAUCCAACCAGAGUGGAGUAAAGAUGCUGCGGAAUAUAUCAUCGGUGCAAACAUCAACGUCAGUUGGGCAGAAACCAAGCGGCACUCCCAUCCACCAGAAAACGGCCUUGUAUAUUGGAGGUAAAGCGGUUACUGUUAUGAGCGCCAAUGCAGGUAUGGCUGCUUCGGGAAAUAUAGCAAAUAAAGUAAUGGUGCUACCAGGGACAAGCUCUGCUAACUCCCCUGCUCCUACUACGACUAUAAAUGCGAGAAAAGGCUUUGUUUUCAACGCCGGAGGUAGCCCACGUGCCGUCACCUUGGCCACUAAGAGCCUGAAUACAAAAAUCAUAGCGUCAGCGCAAUCCCUGAAGGAGACCAUAUCGGAAACUCCUGUCCCAGUCGCUACUAUAAAAGACACCGAUCCAAUGGACGAUAUAAUUGAGCAGUUAGACGGAGCAGGAGAUCUGCUAAAACUUUCUGAUGGGCAAGCGGAGCCCGGAUCGGAGGAGGAAGAAAAUAAUGAUGACAACGCUACUUCGUCAUCAGUGUCUGCGUCAAUAUCUACUGGAGGUGACACUACGGGACCAUCAAGAGCUUCUAUUACCACAAUUACGGAACAGCCUGUUGAUAUUGUUGAAGAUGUUUCCGGUGUGAGCAGCACAACGGGCGUUAGGGAAGCGGCAAACGUCGGCACUGACAAAAUAGAAGCUUCCAAGACAUCCGAAAGGGAAAACGAUGUGGUGGAAUCUAAGGUUAAGUCAAUACCAGCUUCAGAUGAUCGCCAUCAGCCCACAACUUCGGAGACUGAAGCAGCCACCAUACUGACGACAAUAAAGUCUGGUGAGGUAUUAGUGCUGGGAAGUUCGGAAUCUAGCAAGAACUCUUCCGGCUCUACUAAUAAAGGACAAGAUGAAGAUACAAAGUUUAGGCAAGGCCCAGAGUCCGUGAAGUUACCAACGUCCCAAUAUCAAAAUGUCGAUGGCUCACAGUUAGAGGCUUUGGCUUCAGCUGCAGUACUGCAAGCUGCGACGGCAGACGUCACAACACUGGCGACCUCUGGCCUCGCAAUAAAAGAUUUGAUGGAACGACCGGGCAUUGAAGCACAUCCCAGAAGUAGCAACGUUGCUGAGAAUCAACAACCCAAUAUUCAAUCCACCUCAGUGGUCGUCGCUGUGCCAAACACGUCGCAGAACGAGAACCAAAAAUGGCACACAGUAGGCGUGUUUAAGGAUCUUUCGCACACAGUUACCAGCUAUAUUGAUUCAAAUUGCAUAGGUGAUACCUUACUUGACGGUAUUGAUGUGGAUAAUCUUCCAGAUUUCAGCAAAUUUCCACGCACCAAUUUGGAUCCUGGAACGGCUUAUCGUUUUCGCCUGAGUGCUAUCAACACAUGUGGUCGAGGAGAGUGGGGAGAGAUAUCGAGUUUUAAAACGUGUUUACCAGGCUUUCCGGGUGCCCCAUCGGCUAUUAAGAUUUCGAAGGAUGUCAAGGAGGGCGCUCAUCUAACAUGGGAACCACCACCAGCUCAAAAAACUAAGGAGAUAAUUGAAUAUUCAGUAUACCUUGCAGUAAAACCAACUGCCAAGGAUAAGGCUUUGUCCACUCCUCAAUUGGCUUUUGUACGUGUCUAUGUCGGUGCGGCAAAUCAAUGCACGGUGCCCAACGCUUCACUGUCCAACGCACAUGUGGAUUGCUCAAAUAAACCAGCAAUUAUAUUUCGAAUUGCUGCUCGAAAUCAAAAGGGCUACGGACCAGCAACACAAGUUAGAUGGCUGCAAGAUCCGGCAACCACAAAACUUCAAACACCCACAAAUACGCCAAAUCUUAAACGUGUGCAGGAGAAAACGACUACUGGAGCCAACAGCGUAACAAAUUCUUUCUGUUCGCCACAUAAGCGUGGUCGGAACGGAUUACAUGAAUGACCGACCGAUUAAGUAGCAUUUAGACUCAUAUAUAGGCAUAGAAAUAAUGGGAUAAUUGUAAAGCUCAAUAGUAAUGUUUCCAUUAUAACAGCUUCCCACGAAUGAAAAAUAGAAUGUUGGUUUCUAUGCUGAAUUCAAAGUGAUUUACAACGAUACUUGAAUAUUAUUGAUGUAAUUAAUGCAGCUUUUCAAGAGUUGGCAAAAUAAGAUGCAUGUACAUUAUGGAUGUUUGGCUAGUUCGAAUGGCUAAAACUAAAAAGUUGAAUUAUAAUUAUUUAUUGACAAUUUUACUUAAAACUGAAAAGAUAAAAAAGCAACUUUAAUACCUGUAAAGAAAUAUUUGUAAUUUAAAAUAUGUUUUAAUUUUCUUUAGUUUAAAUCUUUUACGGCUCCAUUUUUGAAUUUCGCCAACCCUGAUGUACAUGCAACCUAACAAAAAAAAAUAAUACUAUUAUUUUAAAUAAUAAAAGUUGCCCACAAAAUUAUAAAGGUAAAUUAAUUCUAGUAAGCAUCAGCAGUAUUUUCCUUCCAGAUCAGCCGAUCGACCCCGUUUUUUGUAGUUUCUAAAGCUUGGUAAACUUGUUUGAAUGAUCAAGUGUGCUGACGUAAAACUCAGUCGAACCAGAAAUACUAAUGUGUAACAAAUCGAGAAAAUUAGAACACGAAGAACUCCGGCGAGUUUAUUUGAAUCCAUUCGAAUUCUUAAAAUACGUCAUAAGGUAAAAAUAGAAAAUUAAAUUUGUUUUGAUAUACAUA